AUGAAUUUGCAACUUUGCAACAAAGCUCGGCUGUUGGAGCUGCACUGCUCGACAGGCCUCACAGACUGGGAUAUGGAAAAGGAGCUGAAGCUGGCGACGACCACUGAUCAGUUCUGUCAAGAUGACAAGGUAAAUGAUCAGUACCUUGUCCAAUGGCACUAUUCUAGAAUUACAAGAAGAAACGAUGAAGGGAACUGGCAUGAACAGAAAUCAGAUUCAUUUGUGCAACCAACCCUUUGGCUCUUGGUGAAUCCUAACCUUGCUUGCCGAUCCAAGUCGAAGAUCAGAAGGGACUAUGCUUCUUCAGUGGAUUUCCCUGUCUGUCAACCAGUGAACAGCAGACGCAGAGUGAGAACCAUGAAGGCCAGGGAUGGUAAUCUGCUGAAGCCAGGAGGAUGGUCUCGUCCACCAGUCAACUACUGCAUUCUCAUCGCCAUGGCACUGAGCAGCAGCCCCAACAGGAGUCUCAAUGUUCAGCAGAUUUAUAAUUUCACAAGAGAGCACUUCCCCUUCUUUCAGACGGCUCCAGAUGGCUGGAAAAACACCAUCCGACAUAACCUGUGCUUCAGCAACAGUUUCCGUAAAACACCCCACCAGCUGUGUCGAGAUGGGAAGAGAAGGUCAUGUUUGUGGCACCUGACAAAUGAUGGCCGGCGGAGGCUAAGUGAUGAGAUCCACACACUGUCAAGCGAGUGUUUCAAGGAGCUAAAGAAAAGCAUGUCUCAUCCAGAACUAAUCCGGAGUUUGUUUGCAGUGUGACUGGAGCAGUUAAGUUGAUUAUGAUGAACUGCCUAUCAACACUCUUCCUCAUCCUCAUCAGUACAACCUUUGGACUGGGAUCAGUGGUGUGGAGAGUGUACACAUACCACUACCAGGGGCCCAAG